UUAUCUUUGAUUUCAAUUCUGAUAGUGCUCAUUCAUUCAAAAUGCAUUGAUAGUAUGUUACAAUAGCCAGCAAUAGUUGACAGCAGUUUUUGUGUUUACUUUAAUUUAUGGCAUCAGCAUUGUUUUUGUUUGCGAUUUUAGUGAAGAUUUGUUUUUCCUCGGAUAUUAGAGAUAAUUCUUUUGCUAGGAUACGGAAUAAGCCGACUUUUGUGGACAAGACUCCGUUAAUCUACGAGUUUCUCAAGCACAAAUAUUUGUUUAUAAAUGCUCCUAGUAAGUUUGGGAAGUCUACGAACCUGGACAUGAUAGGUUUGUUCUUGUCUAGUCACCGUCCAAAGAAAGUUAUAGAGAAUCAAUUUAUUUGGACGAAAAUAUGGGAGAGUGAAGAGUUUGUUAGGAACAAUCUUGGACAAUAUCCCGUAAUACACUUUAAUCUGAAGAUACGAGGAUAUUCGUCAAACUACGAACACACCUUUACAUCAUUCAAAGUCUCUUUGUACAAUGCCUUCAUAGAGCAUGCCUACCUCCUAGAGAGUGAAAAGUUGGGCGAAGAUCAAAUAAAGAUGUUGGAAAUCUACACAGACCUCACUAACAUCAAGCUGUUGGACACGGACACUGUUGCCAAUGGUUUGGCCUUCUUGGCAGACGUGUUAUACCAACAUCAUGGAAAACAAGUAAUUUUAUUAGCAGAUGAAUUCGGAAGAGGAAUAACAGAAGGAAUUCUAAAAAAUCACCUCGAUCUCAGCUUAGUAGUUGGGUUGUAUUCUUCGAUUCUCAACACCACGUUCCACAACUCUACUGUCAUAUCUCACGCAUUGUUGUGCGGCGAAAGUUGGAUAUAUGGAUUGAAAGGGCCUGCGGUGAGUUUGAUAGAACGUGUAUCUUUCAUGCAGAGAAUAGAGUUUAGUCGCUUUUACGGAUUCACUUACGAUGAGGUAGACCGGCUCAUGGCGAAAUUCAACACUUCAAAGGAAGAAAAGGUGGAAGGUCUCAAAUGGUAUGGAGGCUACUCUUCCUAUGAUGGUUUAUUCAAAGUGUGCAACCCUUUCUCAAUAAUAGAGUAUUUGUCACAUAAAAAUACAAUGGUGUUCUGGACAGGAUCGGCGUUAGCCCCCGAUCUAGUGCGUAGGAUGCUAGAAGUUGAUAAUUUGAAACGGCUCAUCCUUGACCUAGUCACGAAGAAGACUGUCAAUAUGAAUUUGGAGAAAGAUAUAAAAAUCGUGGAGGUAGAAUUUAUUAGAAAUAAGGUCGAGGAACUGCCACAGUAUUGUGAGAAUUUCUUUUUACAAGUUCUAACAGAAGCAGGGUUUUUGACUUUCGCCGAAAAUCAAAUGCAAUCAAAUAACGUAUUUUUAAAAUUUCCAAACGAAGAAGUUCUUUCUGCUGUUGUAAAAUAUACUGUUUUAAAAACUUAA